AUGUCAGCAGCCAAUGACAUUGCAAUGCCUCCAAUAGCCCUCACUCAUGGGGACUACAGUGUGGGAUGGAUCUGCGCUCUCCCGAAAGAGCAAGCAGCAGCCCGGGCAAUGCUGGAUGCAGAACAUGACCCCCUCCCGGCGCUCGACCGCGACCAGAACACUUACAUCUUGGGAUCUAUUCGCGAUCACAACGUUGUGAUAGCCUGUCUUCCCGAGAUCGGCACCAAUCCGGCAGCAAACCUUCUCACACAGAUGAUCAACACCUUUCCAUCAAUAAGAUUUUGCCUUAUGGUCGGCAUUGGAGGGGGGGUCCCUCCCCAGGUGCGGCUUGGAGACAUUGUCGUUAGCAAGCCAAUUGGAACCUUCUCUGGAGUUGUUCAGUGGGAUUCCGGGAAGUCAGAAAAAGAUCAAUUCGAGCGAACGGGUGCAUUAGAUCGCCCCCCCAGGGUGUUAUUGGGGGCCAUUGCGAAAUUGCAAACGGCUCACGAGAUGCAUGGGACACGUAUACCCGACUACAUGAAGGAGAUGGCAGCCAAAUACCCAAAGAUGGUGGACAAAUAUAUGUGGUCUCCUCGCCUCAAAGAUCCUAUACUACUGUCAGGUCGCUACGAGCCUGAAGGGAAAGGAAUGCCCACCAAGUCGGAUCUCGACAAUGACGGCGAGCAACCCAGAGAGACGGAAAUUCACUAUGGCUUGAUUGCGUCCGGAAACCAAGUUGUCAAGAACAGUGAUAUGCGAGAUCGGAUCAACAGGGACCUGGGAGGCAAGGUUCUAUGUCUUGAGAUGGAAGCAGCGGGUUUGAUGAACAACUUCCCAUGCAUUGUCAUAAGGGGAAUAUGCGACUAUGCGGACGCUCAGAAGAACAAGGACUGGCAGGAAUAUGCUGCAGCUUUGGCAGCGGCAUUCACAAAGGAGCUUCUUCAACAUGUGCGGUCGGCGGAUGUUUCCAAAGAGCGUCCUAUCAAGGAUAUCACAGGUAAAUUACAGCAAGGUUAG